AUGGCACCGCGCUGCUUCAUCGUCCGCCACGGUGAAACCGAAUGGUCCCUCAAUGGCCGACACACCGGAAUCUCCGACCUCCCGCUCACGGCAAACGGUGAGAAGCGCGUCAAAGCCACCGGCAAAGCACUAGUGGGGGACGACCGACUAAUUGUGCCCAAGAACCUGGUGCAUAUAUACGUUUCCCCGCGCACACGUGCACAGCGAACCCUCGAAUUGCUGAAGAUAGGAUGCCGGGAGCGACUGCCAUGGCAUGAAAGGCGGAAGGCAGAGGAAGAGGAUCCGAUUCGCACGAAUGCCAACGUACAUAUUACAGAGGCGGUCAGGGAGUGGGAUUAUGGCGACUAUGAGGGUUUGACUUCGAAGCAGAUCAAGGCGGAAAGGGAGAAGUUGGGGUUGGGCCCCUGGAAUAUUUGGACCGAUGGAUGUCCUGGAGGAGAGUACGUUAUUUUACCUAUUUACUUGUUUCACCAGGGUCCCCCCGAUGAUAUCGUGCGUCGUCUUGAUGCGGUGAUCGCGGAUAUCAGGGAGAAGUAUCACCGUCCCUGCUUUGGGAACCCGGGUAUUUCGGGCGAUGUGCUAAUCGUUGCACAUGGACACAUCUUACGUGCGUUUGCGAUGCGAUGGACCGGCAAGCCUUUGACAGAGACAUCUUUAAUCCUAGAAGCCGGUGGUGUGGGCACAUUGAGCUAUGAGCACCAUAACAUCGAAGAGCCGGCAAUUAUCCUUGGAGGAGGAUUCUUCGUUGAGUAA